AUAUAUGUUUAAUUGAGAACAUCAACUCUCAGUAUAUUACUACUAAUUAACUUAGUCAUCGUCCAAUUAAGUAAUGCAACUAUGAUUUAGGGUUGACAAAAGACUCAACCACCCUCGAAUAUUGAAAACAUCAUACGCACAACUCUGCCUCGAUCACCCACUAUAUAAACACAUGAAUGAAGUUCAUUAUUCUCACAGCAAACCAUAACUCACAAACACAACUUGUUUUCAGAAAAAUAUAUUCAUAAGAUUAUAUUUAGCCAUGUCUACUUCUACUUGUGUUUUAUCGGCUCGAUUAAUGUUCGUUCUUGUUCUAAUUGGAGCAGCCAAUGCGCAGUUAUCUCCCAAUUUCUAUAGUACAAGAUGCCCUAAUCUUCUUACUAUUGUCAGAACAGCUGUCAAUACAGCUGUGGCCAAUGACCGUCGUAUGGGCGCCUCUUUGCUUCGUCUCCAUUUCCACGAUUGUUUUGUGCAGGGAUGCGAUGGAUCGGUAUUAUUGGAUGACGUAGCAGGUUUCACCGGAGAAAAGACCGCCGCUCCGAACGCCAACUCAUUGAGAGGGUUCGAUGUCAUCGACACCAUCAAAACCAGGGUCGAGGCCGCCUGCCCGGGCAUCGUUUCAUGCGCCGAUAUUCUGACCAUCGCUGCCCGUGACGGGACCGUUGCUGUCAGCGGUCCUAGUUGGGCGCUUUCACUCGGAAGAAGAGACUCAACCACCGCGAGUUUGAACGGCGCAAAUAGUCAACUCCCCGGACCCGGAUCCAGUCUCAACAACCUUAUUACUUCAUUCGCCAACAAAGGCUUCACUACUAGGGAAAUGGUUGCCCUUUCUGGAUCGCACACAAUAGGAUUGGCGAGGUGCAGUACUUUCAGGAACAGAAUCUACAACGCCGCGAACAUAGAUCCCGCCUUCGCAACCGCAAGGAGGGCAAACUGUCCGAGAACCGGCGGAGACAACAACCUGGCGCCGCUCGACACCGUCAGCUCCAACACAUUCAACAACGACUACUACACGAAUUUGGUGAGCCGAAGGGGUCUCCUCACUUCCGACCAGGUACUAUUCAACAAUGGAACCACAGACGCGCAGGUGAGAGCGUACAGUACAAACUCGGCUUCUUUCUUCAACGACUUCGCCGCUGCUAUGGUUAAGAUGUCGAAUCUCUCCCCACUCACCGGGACCAAUGGUCAGAUCAGGAGAAACUGCAGACGUAGAAACUGAUUUAUAACGACGUCUUUCGUUGGUGUUCUUCUUCUUCAUCUUAUGGAAUUUUGUGUGUUUUCAAUAAAAUUAGUUGUUUAAGUUUAAUUUGUUCCUUAUAAGUUGUUGAAUUAUUCUAUAAUUGUAUCAUUUCAGUGUUUUAAUAAAGAAAUUUCGAAAUAUAU